AUGCCCUCCCGGAACCACACCCCAGCAAUGGGGUUCAUCCUCCUGGGCCUCACAGACGACCCUGUGCUGGAGGAGCUGCUCUUCACCGUGUUCCUGCUGGUCUACCUGCUCACGCUGGCAGGAAAUCUGUGCAUGAUCCUGCUCAUCAGGACCAGCGCCCACCUCCAGACCCCCAUGUACUUCUUCCUCGGCCACCUCUCCUUCGUGGACAUUUGCUACUCUUCCAACAUCACUCCAAACAUGCUGCACAGUUUCCUCUCUGGGCACAAGAGCAUCUCCUGGGCAGGCUGCUUCAUGCAGUGCCUUCUCUUCAUCGCCCUGGUCAUCACCGAGUUCUUCCUCCUGGCAGCCAUGGCCCUGGACCGCUAUGUGGCCAUCUGCAGCCCUCUGCACUACAGUAGCAGAAUGUCCAGGGCCAUCUGCGUCUCCCUGGUCUCCUUCCCCUAUCUCUUCGGCUUCCUCAACGGCCUCUCUCAGGCCCUGCUGACUUUCCGUUUGUCCUUCUGCGGCUCCCUGGAGAUCAAUCACUUCUACUGUGCGGACCCUCCUCUCCUGCUGCUGGCCUGCUCUGACACCCGCGUCAAAGAGAUGGCCAUGUUCGUCAUUGCCGGCUUCACUCUGUCCAGCUCUCUCUCCAUCAUUCUUCUGUCCUACGUUUUCAUUUUUGCAGCCAUCCUGAGGAUGCGUUCUGCAGAAGGCAGGCACAAAGCCUUUUCCACUUGUGGUUCCCACCUGACCACGGUCACCAUCUUUUAUGGGACCCUGUUCUGCAUGUACUUAAGACCUCUGUCAGAGAAGUCUAUGGCAGAGUCUAAAGUGAUUGCAGUGUUUUAUGCUUUUUUGAGCCCAAUGCUGAACCCGUUGAUCUAUAGCCUAAGGAACAAGGAUGUGAUCCGGGCCAUGCAGCACUUGGUCAGAGGAAAGUUUUUUUCAAAAAAUUGCAGUUUAGUGUGUGUUGUGGACUUGUAA